UUUGCAACUGAACGAGCCAUGUCUGAGUCAAGUGACACUGAUUGUAUUGUGUGCUUUAAAUCAGUGCCGGGUGAUGGAAGUUUCAUGAAAUGCUAUUCCUGCAGUCACGUUUACCAUCUUGAGGCGUGCUCUGGAAUCGCGGACAGAACUUUCAAAUCAAUGGGCACCGCCAAACGCGAAAAAUGGAACUGCCGUACGUGCAGGCAUCGUGAAAUCAGGAUGAGUGCCGGAGGUUCCAGUGAACUUUUGACACCAGCUGCUAGCGAAAUAGUCCCUACGACGCUAGCCGAAAUAAACGCCAAGCUCGAAAUUCUUCAUUCACUAAAGGCAAACGUUGAUCGACUCUCAGAUCUUCCUGCCAAAGUAGAAGAGCUCCUUGCCCUGAAGCCAUCAGUAGAUGCGAUGAAAGAAACAAUCAGGAGCCUCCAAGAAUCUGUGAAGAAGUAUGAAUCUACCAUGAAACUUGUGACAGAGAAUGAUAAAGAAGUUAAACUACUGAGAACCGAAGUUGGAGCACUACAGGCCACCGUGUCUGAGCAAACCGUUAUGAUCGAUCAACUACAAACAAACAUAAACUCGACGGAACAGUAUAGCCGACGAUGCAAUAUGGAAAUACAUGGUAUUUCUUACGUGAAUGAGGAAGACUUGGGGGCCACCAUCACCGACCUUGCACACAAACUGAACAUCGCGGAUUUUAACCCCGCCGAUGUGGUAGUCUGUCACCGCUUGCGCUCUAGGCGCGAGGGGGCCCCUCCCAUACUGGUUCAGUUCACCUCGGUUCCCACGAAGGACCGCUGGAUGAAUGCGCGUAAGAAGUUGGCAACGCUACCUCGGUCAGAGUUCCGUUCAAAGAUUUAUUUUAACGACAACUUGACAAGAACAAACAAGGACCUGUUCUGGCAAGCCAGAACCAAAG